GGCUACAUUUUGAUUCCUCGAAAUUUCUUGCCUCUGAUUAAUUGUACCAUUACUACGGUUGUCUCCGUAUUUAAUCACCGUCUUCAAUCUCAAUAUAAAAGGAGAGUUCCAUCUUCUGUUCAAUACAUACCCCUAUGUUAUAGUAUCGUAUCCAACAAUGGAAUCGCCCUCCCAGACCAAAAGACGCUCGACGCGCAUAAUUGAAGCGUCAUCAACAAGUGUCAAAAUGACUCCGCGCAGAUCUCCAUUCAUUCCAACCCCUUUCGAAUCAAUACUCCUCUCAAUAUAUCCCGCAACAUUACUCCUAGGCUCAAUAUUCUCGGUCCUAAGCCCCGAUGUCCGAGCAUCGGAAUACAGCGCCGCGCUUCAAUCCCAUCCGUCCAGCACCGCACCCUCUUAUUUCGCAAAGAAAAGCAAUAUAUUCAAUCAAUGGUUCGUGAAGAAAGGUUGGGCGUGGAUUACCGCUAGUUAUUUUUUCUUUCUCCUAACGCAUCCAUCGACUGGUCCUCCUGGCGUUCUCACCCUUACUCCAAGACGAGUCCGCGGAUUUUUAAGAUAUACAGCUGUUACGAUCUGGUGGGUCUUUGUCACGCAAUGGUUUUUUGGCCCGGCAAUUAUUGAUCGCGGAUUUAUUAUAACGGGUGGUCAAUGUGAUAUGGUUGAUGCGGCAGAGAGAGGGCACGUAGAUAUGGAUGAUACGCGUCAGUUUCUUACGGGGGUAGCUUGUAAAGCCGUGGGUGGAAAAUGGAGAGGUGGUCAUGAUAUUAGUGGACAUGUAUUCUUGCUUGUUCUUGGGAGUAUGUUUCUAUUCCAAGAAGUACUUCAUGUUGUGUUACGCAGCUCGGGAAUAAAGGAGGAACGCACAAUAGUGAUGGAAGAUGGAGCGAUCAAAUCUGCGGAUGUGGAAGCGCCUCUGCAGAAUGAAGCGGAGCGAUUGAAUCAAGAUGGGUGGUUAGGUCUUAGUGUGAGGAUUAUACUUGGGGUGGCGGGACUGAGUUUGUUCAUGUUAGCUAUGACGGCUAUAUAUUUCCAUACAUGGUUUGAGAAGUUCACGGGACUGAUUGUCGCUUUUGGAGGAGUGUUUGUUGUAUUUUGGUUGCCGAGGUUGAAUCCGGCUGUGAGGUCGGUAUUAGGGAUGCCGGGGAUCUAAUGAUGAUGAAUUAAAGGAAACGGAUACAUGAUAAGAUUAAUAGAAGUUUUGUAUCUAUAGAUGUAAGACAGCACAAUGUUAUAAGAAAAGCAGUGUUGAAACUGUAA